UGUUGCGCAUGCGUGGAUUUAUCGGGUCUUCUGACAGCAUACAGUGCAUUUUGGUUUUAGUCUGCGUUAAUCUUUAAUUUCUACAUUUUUAUUUAGUUGUUUAUCGUAUGAAAAACUACAAUCGAUUAAUUCGUCAUGUCAGGAUAAUCCUGACUCGUCUCAGUGAACUUUGAAGCUUCGUAGUCUAUCCUAGCGUGCUAGUUAGUUUAGCUUGUUAGCUGCUAUCAGAGAGACGUGGAAGUUAUCAAUGCAUCGCUAAGCAGAGAUCAAGUGUGAGUGUAAAGUGUUGUGAUUGUGUGAACAUGUGCGAAAGAACGAUAGCAGAGUACGAGGAGGAACUUCGUCCAGAGGAGAAGGAGCGACAACAUCAACUACUGGACGCUGUUUUCAAGAAACAUCAAGUUGUGUUACACAGAACCGAUGUCCAGCAGCCCCCCCACAUUAAGGAGGAAGAUCCACAUCGCCUUAAUGUAAAACAGGAAGAGGAGGAGCCACAGCCAUCCCACUUUAAAGAAGAAGAGGAAGUGUGGAUCAGUCAGGAGGUAGAGUCUCCUCUAGGGCAGGAGGAGGCUGAUCUCACCAAGUUUCCACUGACUGUUGUCUCUGUGAAGACUGAAGACCAUGAAGACAAACCACCUGAGUCCUCACAGCUUCAUCACAGUUCAAACGUCUGUGAAAAACAUCUUCUCCCUGAACAGCCGGAGUGGACCUCCAGGAUGGAACAGGAGGAUCCACGGCCCCCCUAUAUUAGAGAGUACGAGAACUCACAGCCGCCCCACAUUAAAGAGGAAGAAGAGGAACACAGCGACUAUCUUGAAGGACUGGAGGAGGUUGAUGUCACCAAGAUGCCAUUAACUGGUGUGAUUGUGAAGAGUGAAGAUGAUGAGGUCAAAGAUGAAAGUGAGGACAAGAGAGAGGUGGAGCCUCCAAGCAGCAGCUCAAGUCAACACAUGACAACAGAAGCUGAUGGAGACCACUGUGGAGGAUCACAAGCAGACAAGAUCUUAGCUCCACUAUCAGAUAAUGACGACACAACGUCACACUCUCUUGACACUAAUGAUGAAGACUCUAAAGCUGAUAAGACAUGUCACACUGACAACACACACUUUACAUGUUCUCACUGUGACAAAACUUUUAAACACCGUCGUAAUUUGACAAUACACCAAAGAAUACACACUGGUAAAAAAACAUUUUUCUGUUCAAUCUGUGCUAAAGGUUUUAUACGAAAUACUGAUUUGAAAGUACACAUGAUAAUACACACUGGUGAAAAAUCAUUCAUGUGCUCAGUUUGCGGUAAAAGAUUCUCCCAGAAGGUACAUUUGAUAGCACACACAAGCAUGCACACUGGAGAAAAAACGUUUUCCUGUUCAAUCUGUGGUAAAAGUUUUCCACAAAAUACUGAUUUAAAAGUACACAUGAGAACACACACUGGAGACAAACCAUUCAUGUGCUCAAUUUGUAGUAAAAGAUUUUCCCAGAAGGCACAUUUGAUAACGCACACAAGAAUACACACUGGAGAAAAACCGUUUUCCUGUUCAAUCUGUGGUAGAGGUUUUACACAUAAAAGUAAUUUGAAAAAACACACGAGAACACACACUUGUGAAGAAACGUAUUUCUGUUCAAGCUGCAACAAAAACUUUGCUGACCAAUCAGCACUUGUUAGACACAAAAGAAUACACACGGGUGAAAAACCUUUUUCAUGUUCAGUCUGUGGUAAAGGUUUUGCAAAAAAUAAAUGUUUGAAAGUACACAUGAGAACGCACACUGGUGAAAAACUAUAUUCCUGUUCAAGCUGCAACAAAAGCUUUGCUGACCACUCAACACUUGUAAGACACAUGAGACAACACACUGGUGAAAAACCAUUUUCCUGUUCAUGUUGUAACAAAAGCUUCUGUUACCGAUCAGCAUGUGUAAAACACAUGAGAACACACACAGGUGAAAAAGUGUUUAAUUGCAGUGUGUGUGGUGAAGGAUUCUCUUAUAAGUACCAGUGUAAGGAACACAAGUGUCCUGGUGAGAACAGUAGCAGUAAAUAAAACUGCAGGAUUUGGAAUCAACUGUCAAACCUUUAGAGGGGAACUGCACUUUUUGGGGGUAAUUUUGCCUAUCAUUCACAAUCGUUAUGUAAGACAAGAAAACAUUGCUCUUUAUUUUAUUUUUUUGCAUUUUAACUCAUAAAUAAAA